AUGACCAGGUCGGCAUCUUUCGACGUUAUAGGUACUUGUUUCGGGUUCUCUGCUCCAAUCCAAGCCAUCCACUCCCGUCUGGGCCCGAAACUCAAGACUGCCGAGGUGGAUGCAAAAGCGCUCUUCUUUUCCUGGUUCUACGCUGCGCAGCGCGACUUUACAUAUGUCUCCAUGAACGGAUCCUACGUGCCAAUUGCACAAAUACUAAAAUCGACUCUCCGGCGCGCGUGCGCUGUAGUUGAUCUACCCACCGAUGCUGUCACCGAUGAAGAUGUAGAGGAGACCAUGAAGGCAUUCAGAAGCAUGGGGCCAAGAGAAGGCCUCAAGAAAUGUUUCGAUGGGUUGAGGGAAGCUGGGUGGGAAGUUUAUGGAGUGACCAAUGGCGGAUCAGAGACGUCGCUGAAUUACUACCACAACGCGGGUAUUGAGCUCGACGCCGACCAUCUGCUGAGCUGCGAUGCGAUCCAAGUUGCAAAGCCCGAUGUCCGGGUUUAUGAGAACGCCAAUCAACAUAUAUCUAGGAGAUUGCAAGGAAAUGAAGAAGGGGAGAGGUGGUUUGUUGCAGCGCAUGCGUGGGAUCUGAUUGCAGCGAGGAAGGCGGGGUUCAAGACUGCCUACCUUACAUUCGAGGAACACGACCCGUGUACCGAUGUGUUUGGCGAGUUUGACUUGUAUGCGUCCAGCAUGGAUGAGUUGCUGCGUAAGCUGAAAGGGCUCAAGUGAAGAGCGCAUUGAGAGUCACGGAUAAUCCAAAUGAGCAAAAUGAACACUUUUUUGCA